AUGGCUGCGAAUUCUUCUAAUGGAGAUCAAACAACAGCUAAGCAACCUCCAUUGCCAUCUCCCCUGCGUUUCUCCAAAUUCUUUCAGUCUAACAUGAGAAUCUUGGUUACUGGAGGAGCUGGAUUCAUUGGUUCUCACCUUGUCGAUAGAUUGAUGGAAAAUGAAAAGAAUGAGGUCGUUGUUGCUGAUAACUACUUCACUGGAUCGAAGGACAACCUCAAAAAAUGGAUUGGUCAUCCAAGAUUUGAGCUUAUCCGUCAUGAUGUCACUGAGCCUUUGAUGCUUGAGGUGGAUCAGAUCUACCAUCUCGCAUGUCCUGCAUCUCCUAUUUUCUACAAAUAUAAUCCUGUGAAGACAAUCAAGACAAAUGUGAUUGGCACUCUGAACAUGCUUGGGCUUGCAAAACGAGUUGGAGCAAGGAUUUUGCUUACGUCAACUUCAGAGGUAUAUGGGGAUCCUCUUGAGCAUCCUCAACCUGAAACCUAUUGGGGCAAUGUUAACCCUAUUGGAGUUCGUAGCUGCUAUGAUGAGGGGAAACGUGUGGCUGAGACUUUGAUGUUUGAUUAUCAUAGACAGCAUGGAAUAGAAAUACGUGUUGCAAGAAUCUUCAACACAUAUGGGCCGCGCAUGAAUAUUGAUGAUGGACGUGUUGUCAGUAACUUCAUCGCUCAAGCAUUACGUGGUGAAUCCUUGACAGUCCAAUCUCCAGGAACGCAAACUCGCAGUUUCUGUUAUGUCUCUGACCUGGUUGAUGGCCUUAUCCGUCUCAUGGGAGGAUCAGACACCGGUCCAAUCAAUCUUGGAAACCCAGGUGAAUUCACUAUGCUUGAACUUGCUGAAACAGUGAAGGAGCUUAUUAAUCCAAAUGUGGAGAUAAAGAUAGUGGAGAACACUCCUGAUGAUCCAAGACAGAGAAAACCAGACAUAACCAAAGCUCAAGAAUUACUUGGCUGGGAACCAAAGGUCAAGCUGCGCGACGGUCUUCCUCUUAUGGAAGGAGAUUUCCGUUUGAGGCUUGGAGUUGAGAAGAGCAUCUAA